AUGGCUACAAUUCCGCCUGAGAAAGCUCCCAAGCCGGGUCUGAAUAUUUAUGGCCGUGCAGCUGUGAACCCCGACAAGUUGACCAUCGCAGCUGAGGAGCUUGGUAUUCCGUACAACUAUAUCCAUAUGGAUAUGCUCGCAGGCGAGCCGAAAACCGAGUGGUAUGCUUCUAUCAAUCCCAAUGGCCGCAUGCCGGCCGUGGUACACAUCAAGGAGGAUGGCACGUCUGUCACAGUCUUUGAGAGCGGCUCUUGCUUGCUUUACCUCGCCAACGAGUUCGACAAAGAGCACACGCUCUCAUACCCUAUCGCUAAGCCCGAGUACUGGACACAGCUAUCUUGGCUAUCGUGGCAGUUUAACGGUUACGGCCCUAUGAUGGGCCAAGCAGCUUACUUCAAUCGGCAUGGCAUGUUAAACUUGCUCAGCGCCCCGCUUUCCGGAGGGGGCUCUUAG